AGGCAGCCGCUGGGGCGACUUCCUUCCUCUCGGAGCAAGAUGGCGGGGGGCGAGGCUGGAGUGACUCUGGGGCAGCCGCAUCUUUCUCGCCAGGAUCUCGCCACUUUGGAUGUUAGCAAGUUGACGCCACUUUCACACGAAGUUAUCAGCAGACAAGCCACGAUUAAUAUAGGUACAAUUGGUCAUGUAGCUCAUGGGAAAUCCACAGUUGUAAAAGCUAUUUCCGGAGUUCACACUGUCAGGUUCAAAAAUGAACUAGAAAGAAAUAUUACAAUCAAGCUUGGAUAUGCUAACGCUAAGAUUUAUAAACUUGAUGACCCAAGUUGUCCUCGGCCAGAAUGUUACAGAUCUUGUGGAAGUAGUACACCCGAUGAGUUCCCUACAGACAUUCCAGGGACCAAAGGGAACUUCAAAUUAGUCAGACACGUGUCCUUUGUUGACUGCCCCGGCCACGAUAUUUUGAUGGCAACUAUGCUGAACGGUGCGGCCGUGAUGGAUGCAGCCCUUCUGCUGAUAGCUGGUAAUGAGUCAUGUCCUCAACCUCAGACAUCUGAACACCUGGCUGCUAUAGAAAUCAUGAAACUGAAGCAUAUUUUGAUUCUACAAAAUAAAAUUGAUUUGGUAAAAGAAAGUCAGGCUAAAGAGCAGUAUGAACAGAUCCUUGCAUUUGUACAAGGUACAGUAGCAGAAGGAGCUCCUAUUAUUCCAAUUUCUGCUCAGCUGAAAUACAAUAUUGAAGUCGUCUGUGAGUACAUCGUGAAGAAAAUUCCAGUACCCCCAAGAGACUUUACUUCAGAACCCCGACUUAUUGUUAUCAGGUCCUUUGAUGUCAACAAACCUGGCUGCGAAGUCGAUGACCUUAAGGGUGGUGUAGCUGGUGGUAGUAUUCUAAAAGGAGUAUUAAAGGUGGGCCAGGAGAUAGAAGUCAGACCUGGCAUUGUUUCCAAAGAUAGUGAAGGAAAACUCAUGUGUAAACCAAUCUUUUCCAAAAUUGUGUCGCUCUUUGCAGAGCAUAAUGAUCUUCAGUAUGCUGCUCCAGGAGGUCUUAUUGGAGUGGGAACAAAAAUUGACCCCACUUUGUGCCGAGCUGACCGAAUGGUGGGACAGGUACUUGGUGCAGUUGGAGCUUUACCAGAGAUCUUCACGGAAUUGGAAAUCUCGUAUUUCCUACUUAGACGGCUUCUAGGUGUACGCACUGAAGGAGACAAGAAAGCAGCAAAGGUACAAAAGCUGUCUAAGAAUGAAGUGCUCAUGGUGAACAUAGGGUCCCUGUCAACGGGAGGGAGAGUGAGUGCAGUGAAGGCUGAUUUGGGCAAAAUUGUUCUGACUAAUCCUGUGUGCACGGAAGUAGGAGAAAAAAUUGCUCUCAGCCGAAGAGUUGAGAAACACUGGCGAACUAGAACAAAUAAUCCUAAAAUUUAUGUGGAGCCACAAAAAGUCCCGAAUAGGCAAAGUAGUCUUGAGAAAGAAGUACAAAGCUGGAGAGAAACCACAAUUCCAGAUUUCAAGCUAUACUGCAAAGCUCUAGUAAUCAAAGCAUUAUGGUGCUGGCACAAAAAUAGACGCAUAGAUUAAUGGAACAAGAUAUCCAAGAAAUAAACUCUCACUUGUGUGGUAAAGUAAUCUAUGACAGAGAAGGCAAGAAUAUACAGUUGGGAAAAAAGAGUCUCUUCAAUAAAUGGUGGCGGGAUGACUGAACAACUACACACAAAAGAAUGGAACUGGACCGCUUUUUUACAUCAUAUGCAAAAAUAAAUUCAAAAUGGACUAAAGACAUGUGAGACCUGAAACCAUAAAACUUAAAACAUGGUAAUCUUUGGCAUUAGCCUUAGCAACAUGUUUAUGGAUAUGUCUCCUCAGGCAAGGCAAGCAGAAGCAAAAAUAAACUAUUGGGACUACACCAA